AUGGAGCUGCAGGGACAGCUCUCCAGCUGCUUGUUCUGUGCCAUACUCCUAGCAACAAUUCCCUUUUCAGAGAGUUUUGAAGUCAUCUCGUCCCCAGCUGUCACGGGGAUCGUCAGCCAGGAUGUGGUCUUACCGUGCCAGAUCUCCACCAGGACGCAGCCGGACAAUAUGGAAGUGCAGUGGAAGAAAAUUAUUCAGACACAUAUAGAGAGUGUCUAUGAAUACAGAGCCCAGACAGGCCAGGAUGUGCCAGGGCAGAAAUACCAGGGCCGGACAGCACUGUUGAAGGAUGGAUUCACCGCUGGGAAUGUGUCUUUAAAGCUGAAGAACGUCCAACCGGCUGAUGGGGGAACGUACCGCUGCAUUGUGAAGUCUAACGAGUGGAUCGCUGAUGCUGCAACUGAGCUUAAAAUUGCAGCUGUUGCCUCCGUGUCCAUCGAUGUGCUGGGUCCCCAGGGCCAGGGGAUUGACCUAGCCUGCAGGUCAACAGGUUGGUUCCCUAAACCUGAACUCCUCUGGGUUACAAAGGGUGGGCAGGAUCUGAAGCCUGUGACCAAAAUGGAGCAGGAUCAUGAACUUCUGUUCAGUGUUCUCAGCCGCGUCACAAUCCUAGGAGAGGAAACUGGAGAAAUCAGCUGUGUUAUGCAGAACAGCCUGCUGAAAACAGAGAAGAAAUCUGUCAUUCUCCUCUCAGGUGAUAUUUUCCCUCGUGAUCCCCCAUGGCUUGCUGCAUUCUGGGUGUUAUUUACUUUAAACCUUCUUGCGAUUGGUGCCUGUGCUGUUUUGGGAUAUAAAGCAAAGCAGAAGUUUUCUCAGAAAAAAUCAGAAGAAAAAGAUAGUUUAUUAAAAAAGGAUGGAGAGAUGAAGACCUUGGAAUCAGACUGUCAGGAGCUACGGGAAACACUUGGUAGGGUUUCCACAGAACUAGAUUUCAGGAGGGCUCGGAGCUACAUGGUUCCCAUCACCCUGGAUCUGAGUUGUGAACACCCUGAACUCACCAUGUCUGCAGAUGGCAGAACAGUCCAACACAACCCUUCUUCUCUAGGGCUGGCUGCUCCCUCCAGGGCCUUGAUUGCUGUGGGGAAGAAGGGGUUUGUGGCCAGGAGGAAGGAUCCUGGUGGGGAGGGCGGGGUUUGCAGGUGGUACUGGGAGGUGGAGGUGGGGGACAGCCUGGACUGGGAGCUGGGGGUGCUGAGUGAGACUGCGAUGGACAGAGUGAGACAGGAAAGGUUGGAGAGACCCCCUGAGGAGGGGUGCUGGGCUCUGAGGAGAUCUGGGGAGCAGUAUCACCCCGAGGAGGCUGACACUGUGAUCCAGAAAUGGGAUGGGAAGCUGACAGUAGUUGGGGUGUAUCUGGAUCUAGAAGUGGGGAGUCUUUCAUUUUAUGGUGUCAGUGCAAUGGCCCUUAUCCUGGAGAUUCCUGUGGAAGUGUCUGAGAGAUUGUUCCCAUUCCUCAGCCCUGGUCACGCUGCAGGGAGGGACCAGGGGAAACCCCUGAGCAUCUGCCCCCCCAGUGACUGGGAUUUCUGCCAGAAAUUAGCAGUCACUGGGUCUGUUAGACAGGGAGCUUCCACAAGCACAACACAGUCCCUUGCCUCUGACAAAGGGGACAGGGCAGGAAACAAGAUAGGGGCACCUGCAACAGGAGAAACAGCCCCAGCCACUGAACACCACUCUGCUCCUGAAGACCAGGAUGUGGAAGGAAAAAGAAUUGGGUCAUCUAUGCUCAAAAAAUUUCAAAAUCUCUUCCCCAUCCCGAAAAUUGGAAAGGGGAAUAAAACAGAGCAAGAGCAUCUGUCAGCAAAAAGGGGGGAAGAAAAACCAACCCCCAAGAUCUCAAAAGCCCUCCAGCAGGACAAAGUGAGUCAGAAAGAGAAAAACACUCAGAACUUGAAUCCAGGGCGGAUCUCUCAGAUUUCAGAGUCAGAAACUAUGACAGGGGAAUCAGAUCCAAACAGUAACACGUUGGAAAGAACCUCGUCUCAAAUUGAGUCUGGAAAUGGUGACUCUUCUGAUAUUUCCUUCUCCUUGAACUUAAAGGAUAACUGCAGCGAUUAG